GUUUAUCAAAUAGUCACGGAGAACAUACGCCCCGCCCGAGGAUCGAACUCGCGACCCUGCGGUCCGUGAACCAACGCUCUUACCUACUGAGCUAAGCGGGCGGGCUGGAUACAACAAAGAACAUCAGCACCAAACUCAGGUAUGGAAUGCAACAUGCAUUAGAUGUAUUGUCUCCCCUAAAGCCACAAAGCUAGAUUUUGUCCGCAGAUCGAACUUGCAACCAUUAGGAGCAGUGGUACCUAGCUGUCGGUCCUACAUUCAGAGCGUGUACCAUGUCAAACACCGCUAACUAUUAAACAUAUUUUAAUCGACUAUGACGUUCAAUCUUUGAAAGAGUUAUUUGAAAAAGUUUCAGUCGGAAAUAUUUUAUCUUUUUUAAAGCAGAUAGGAAUUUAUCAUAUGACCAUUUUGUGUCGAUUCGCCGUAAAACCCAACUCAUUCACUCACAACAUUUAGAGCUGCUUUGAUGUUCAUUAUUUAGGAAGAAACUACUUUGAUUAUUGGCACUUUCAUGUAUUUCAAGCAUUGAAAUUCCGUUCCCACGAUUUAUAUCAGUUGUGGAAUGCUCUAGCAAUUAUAUAUACCGCUUUUAUAAUUAUCAUAAAGGUACAUGAAUAUGUCAGCGCAAAAAAGAAACAUGGCCAUACCAAGUUUGUGUGUUUCCUUUUCACUUUUACAAUUUCACAACAAUCUCAUAAUGCUAUAUUUUGUACAAAAAAAGUAAUGAAAAUUUAAGCAUUCUCAUCCAAAAAAAAAACAAUAGUUCAGAGACUUUUCUGAGGACCUUUUUUCCAGUCGUAGAACAUCGUGUAUUUCCGUGUCUUCCGUACAGAACAUGCGUAGCCGUGGCUAUCCGAUCAUAGGCUGUUACAAGUUAACCAUUGUUCUUAAGUCUUUGGGAGAGUCAUUUGUGGACUUUUUUGUUCGAUGACGUCACUAGAUGGCUCAAUUCAAUACGAUUUUAUACGAGAACCAUGCCAGGAACAAGCAACAAAUAUUAAAAACAAUUUGGCCUAAUUUAUUCUGAAAGUUAAAGCUGUCAGACAGCGUUUAGUUGAUUUAAUAUUUGCCUACCCUUCAACUGGAAUCUGUAUUGGAUUUUAUCAAUAUUCACACAAAGUCAUUUCCGCCAACGUCCCCUAACCAUGACUGAAACGACAUCAAAAUGUUACUAUACAACAAUACUGCACACGACGUCAAACAUCUGAUAAGCAUAUUUCACCUGUUAUAAUCAAAGAGCAUGAAUAAUUGCUAUUUAUUAUAAAAUCCUCAUUUAUAGUCAUUUCCAUUGGUCUAAACUAACACAGAUGAUAACUGAUAAAGAUUAUAUUGACUCGCCGGCUGAUGCUGGUCGCAAAUGCACUAUGCUGGUUUUUUCAUGGUGCGUGCGGCUCAUAUUUUGUACCAAAACAGCCAUGCUAACAGAAACAUAGCAAUUAUAGUUAUGAAAGUUCUUUUUUCUAUCAUUAUCGUUUUCCCCUCAAACUUGUGAUUAUCCCCACUCUUUAAUACAUACGAUAUUAUGGUCUUGAAAACAAAUGGAAGUAGCCAAAUCUUACAGGAAACAAAAUAUUUAUACAUGUGAGUGUAAUUGUUUUGUUUUAGAUGAAUGUUUUCAAAAAUAUAUCAUUCUUUUUUUCAUACUUACACGAUUUUUAUUCUCAGGUAAUAUUCAGACACAAUAUAUCACGUGAUAAACCGGAACAGACAUGGAUCCGCAAGAUGGCGCUAUAUUUCUCUCACAUCCGGUCAUGAUUGUUAACGUGAUUAGUGUUACCAUUGACCUCAUUUUAAUACUAGUGCUCAUUUUUGGCCAGAUUUUUUAUCGUAUAUAUGGACCAUUGCGCAGGCCCUUAUUACCAAAGAACUGGGCAAGACCGUUGACGUUAUCUUCAGUCAUUUUUGCAAACAUUUUAUGUCAGUUGUUAAUGGUUGCACUGGCUUUUCCGGAGCAUGUUAACAACGUAGAAACUUUCUCAAAAGACGAAACGUGUUUAAUCGUCAAGUUGUUUCUGGCGAGUGAAUUAGCAAGGAACUGGUAUCUGGUUUUUAUAAGCAUUCACACUUUGCUCGCCACAUGUACACCGUCAGUUUUGCGAAGAAAAAUACAGUUCAUUUCAUGGAUAAUAGCUUGCAUAAUAGUGUGGAUAUUUUCUCUGUGUUUCACAUUUUUUGUGUUGGAUGGGGAAUAUGUAUCGCAGCUACACGCGAACUCCUCGCAUGCAGCAACAUGCCACAUAAAUGUCGAAAAUGAAGCGUUUAAGAUAGUCUGCAUAUAUGCGCCAUUGGUGUGCAUUUGUUUAGCUACGUUAUGUUCUUUGUACGCAGCUAUCGGAUGUUCUAAUAGGUCUGAUGACACUAAAUGGAUACACGACCAACGUAUAACAACCGUGGCGUUUCAGAUAAUUAUCACUAUCUGCUUCGGUCUAGUGUCUUUAAUUGGCGAUCGAGUUCUAGACAUAGCGUUCUAUUGGUUGUUUAUUCUUGCAGCAGUAUUGCUGAAAGAUAUAAGGGAGAUAAUGCUAACUUUUGUUUGUUAUACAUGUUGUUCCCGAUCUCGUUCACUGUGCAAAGAUGACAAAAGAUCGGUGGAUGAAAAAAUGGAAAUGGCAACGACCAAACGUCAAAACGGUACAAAGGAUUUGGAAUCAGGGGAAAUAGAAGAAAACAACAUCAAUGACAAAAGAUCGGCGGAUGAAGAAAUGGAAAUGCCAACGAUCAAAUGUCAAAACGGUACAAAGGUCAUGGAAUCAGGGAGAAUAGAAGAAAACAACACCGAUGACAAAAGAUCGGUGGAUGAAGAAAUGGAAAUGCCAACGAUCAAACGUCAAAACAGUACAACGGACACGGAAUCAGGGGGAAUAGAAGAAAACAACACCGAAGAUACUGAUAAGGCACGAAUCGAGAUUAAAACCAAGGAACGCCUGGAGGAAGAAGAGAGAGAACACUAUGCUCAUGCUAAUAAAGCGAAGACGAUUAACGAUGAAAACAAAACAGUGAACAAAAUUACAAAAUUUGCAAAUGAAACUUCUGGCUCAAAGGCUGGACAAACAAACGAAAAGAAAGAUUUUAUGCAAAAUAAAGAGGAGAAGAAAAAUGUAUCAAGGAUUCCUCAAAAAUCAAAAGGAAUCUCUAAACGAAUAAGAAACAAACUGAAAAGGCGGAGAAGUAAAAAGAAGAAAAAUGCAAAAGAUGAUGAUUCAACAAGCAAUGAAGACGAUGCAGCUGUAGAAGACGAAUCCGUUGAUACUGACGAUGAAAGUGAAAAGUCAGGUGACGACGAUGACAAUUCUGAUGAGUCAUGUUUAAUUUUGUGAACACGUAAAUUCGUAUCUGUAAAACAGUCAAAUGAUUUUUCCAUUAUUUCAAAGGCCAGUGUCUCAGCAAAAAAAAACUGUCUGGAACGCCUCUAAAGCAAACAACAUCGACAUCAAAUAAAAUUUCAGUUUUCGGUUUGGAUGGCUCAUGACAUUAUAACAGUACAAAGAACUUAUUUCGGAAAGGACAAAUCGUCUUCUGAAUUGAGCGAUGAUCCACCAUUUCAUAUUUUGAGAAGACGUGAUUUAAAAUUUUGAUGUAUUUUACUUACAAACGUCGCCUCAGUUCCAGGGAGUGUUCUGAAAGAUCAAACGUUUGUUUUGAAAAAAAGUCGAAGUUUAAAGUGUUCGAUUGUUCCUAUCUGCAGUCUAUCCAAGUUCUAGAACAUGAUUGAAUGAUGAAAUUCUCGUAAGAAUGUUCUCAGUGUUGACUUAAUGUAUGCUUAACUCCAUUCUUUGUCAAAAUUUUAGAUAGAAUAUAUAGUGCUGUUGAUAUGAUAAAAUUUGCUUUUGGUUUUUUUUUGUUCGCAUCAUUUGAUAUUUUAUAACCUAAUGUGUGGGAAAUGGCUUGCAGUGAAAGAUGAAACAGGACGUCUUUGUUUGUUGAGAUUUUAAGUUGUUUUUUUUUUUUUCGUUUUUUGUUUGUUUGUUUUUCUUCUUCAAAUAUAUUCAUUAUCUCUUUGCUAUAAUCUUGUUCGUUUUGUUACAUACAAGCAAGUAAAAUAUUUACAAUUUAUACAUUUAUAUAAGCAAGAAUUAAGCAGUAAAAUAGGAAAUUAUAUGGUGGCUAUAUGUGUCAUCUCGUUAUUUCUUUCUGUCGC